AUGUUCUUCAUUCGAUCUUCAUUGCGGCUCGUCCCAGCCAGGCGCCUUGUUCCCCAAUUGCAGUCUUCCUUUCCUAUUCCGACGUCUGCCCUAUGCAGACAGUCGGUGGUGACGUUGGUCACAGUGGCGCCUUCCGGAAAAACCCCGCGUUCCAGCCCCACCAGCAGAAUCAAACAAAUACAGGAGCAGCUCUCCGCAACCUCGACACCCCCAGCAUCCGCUAAACCAUUGUCCAAAAUGACCUACACCACCCGCAGAAUCGGCGCGGCCAACACGCUCGAGCACCGUAUCUUCAUUGAGAAGGACGGACAGCUCGUCUCGCCAUGGCACGACAUUCCUCUCUAUGCCAACGAGCAGCAGACCGUCCUCAACAUGAUUGUUGAGGUGCCCCGCUGGACCAAUGCCAAGAUGGAGAUCUCCAAGGAGGAGACGCUCAACCCCAUCAAGCAGGACAUCAAGAAGGGCAAGCUCCGUUACGUGAGGAACUGCUUCCCCCACAAGGGCUACCUCUGGAACUACGGUGCCUUCCCUCAGACGUGGGAGGAUCCCAAUGUCACCCACCAGGAGACCAAGGCCAAGGGCGACAACGACCCGCUCGACGUCUGCGAGAUCGGCGAGCUUGUCAACAAGCCCGGAGAGGUCAUCCAGGUCAAGGUGCUCGGUGUCAUGGCCUUGCUCGACGAGGGUGAGACCGACUGGAAGAUCAUGGUUAUCAACGUGAACGACCCGCUGGCCCCCAAGCUGAAUGACGUCGAGGACGUUGAGCGCCACCUGCCCGGCCUCCUCCGCGCCACCAACGAGUGGUUCCGCAUCUACAAGAUCCCCGAUGGCAAGCCCGAGAACCAGUUUGCCUUCUCCGGCGAGUGCAAGAACAAGAAGUACGCCAUGGACAUUGUCCGCGAGUGUGCCGAGGCCUGGGAGAAGCUUGCCACUGGCAAGACCCCCAAGGAGGACCUCAGCCUUGUCAACACCACCGUGUCCCACUCUCCCGAGCGCACCGACCCCAGCUCGCUCAACAUUCCCCAGGGCGAGAACAAGGCACCCGGCCCCAUCGACCCCAGCAUCGACAAGUGGUUCUACAUCUCUGGUGCACCUUCCUCCUAGUUGGAGUGAGCGUGUGAUCCGGACUGGCCACUGUGCUAGAAGGCAGCUGGAUUGGACAUGCCAUGCUACAUUGCAUAUGACUGAAUGGUAUACAUAGACUCAUCAAAAAGCAUAGCCUGAUCCUGAGCACGACCAA